AUGAACUUCCGCCCAGAAUACAAGGAAUACUUUAAGCAGGGAUCAACAGCAAAAAUAUACAAUGGAGCAUUUGAAGACAUGGGAUUCUACGAUGAGGUGGAUAUAAAGGAAUUCAAGUAUAGCAAGGAAGACAGGACAUUCUACUAUCCAUGCCCUUGUGGGGACAGCUUUGAAAUAUCCUUGGAAGAUCUAAAGAAUGGCGAGGUUGUUGCAAGAUGUCCUUCAUGCUCCUUGAUAAUCUGUACAGUAUAUGAGGUAGAGGAUCUUGAGGCAUACCUUUGA